GACGAGGAGGCUGCAGCCCUAGCUGAUCGUGAAGAGGAAGAAGAGGCUGAACCUGUGGUGGAUGACGAUGAAGAUGAGAAGGGUAGUUCGGAUGAAGACAACUGGGGCGUGCCCAAGGUGCAGGAAAAGCCCAAACCGAAACCAGGUCGGACUGGGGGUGCCCAGAAACGGCAGAGGGAGAAGCAGGAGGAGGAAGCUUCCAAGACUGUUCCCAAGCAGCAGGCUGUUGAGAGCAUGCCUCCACCGAAGAAUCCAGCCAGGGUUCCAACCACUGUCCCGAAGACUCUGGACAAGCUGAUUUCUCAAUCCAACGCCAUGCUCCAGACUUUGAAGCAAGUGAACCCCUUGCUUGUGUGGCAAAGCCAGUCCAAGCUCAAGGACUGCGAUGUCAAGUUGAACAAGGCCGUUCUAUUCAUCGAGGGGCUCAAAGCGGCUGAGCAAACAGAUGCCUGCCAGAGUGUCCUCAAGGAGCUUUGCAAGUGCACCAAGGAUUUGGACAAUUGGACCAACUUGAUCAACAACCUGAAGCCUAGCUCUCUAGAUGAAGUGUCAGAUGUUCUUGACUUCAUGAACUACAUUGCCGAGAACGAGGGCAAGAUUGCGAAACUACUUGGAAAAUAUCCGCCAGAGUGUGUCAAGCUUGCGAUCUGCGAGCUGGGAAGGCUAUAUGCAGAGGCUUCUGUCAUCGCAGCACCAAUGACAGAUGGCUACCGUUCAGCACUUUACCAGUUCAUCUCGAUGGUUGAGCUGCAGCAGUUCAAGUCCUUCAGCAUCCUCUCCUUUGGCAAAAUUUGUGCUGCUGCCAAGACCUUCGACAACAAAGCGUUGGACGAGAGUUUCUUCUUGGAAUUGCAGUUGUCCAUCUUCAACAGUUGGCUGGACAGGUUGCGGACUAUGCCUGAAGAGGCUUCGCAGCCUUUGCUGAGCCACAUCCCAGACGAGUUCAAGCA